AUGGAAAGCCCGGUAGUGGAUGUAGUGGAGGGAAAAAUAUCUGGAAAACAUUGCAAAACUUCAAACAAUACAGAUUUUUAUACUUUCAAGAGUAUUCCAUAUGCUAAACCACCAGUAGGAGUUUUGAGAUUUGCAGCACCACAGCCACCUGAACCAUGGGAAGGAGUAAGAGAUGGCACAAAAGAUUGUAAUAUCUGUGCCCAACUUGAUAGAGAAUCAUUUCAAGUUGUGGGCGAUGAGGAUUGCCUGUAUUUAAAUGUAUCAACUCCUAGUUUGCCUAAAGCCGACCUACCGCCGCUUCCUGUUAUGGUUUUCAUCCAUGGAGGUGGUUUUCUCUUCGGCAGUGGUACUGAUGACUCUGUACAUGGUCCGGAUUAUUUAGUUGAGAAGAAUGUUGUAGUUGUUACUCUUAAUUAUAGACUUGGCAUUCUUGGUUUUCUCUCACUUGGCUGUAAGGAAGCCCCUGGUAAUAUGGGUUUGAAGGAUCAAGUGCAGGCAUUGAUAUGGAUAAAAAAUAAUAUUAAAAACUUCAAUGGUGAUCCCAAUAACGUCACUAUAUUUGGUGUGAGCGCUGGCGGGGCGUCCGUGGAAUUGCAGAUGUUGUCGCCAAUGUCCAAAGGAUUAUUCCACAAGGCCAUAGCUCAAUCUGGAUCAUCACUGCUACAUUGGUCACAGAAUAAUAACAUAAAAGAAUUGGUGCUAAAAUUCCCUAUUAUUAAGAAGAAAAAUAUUAAUGAUAACCAAGAUCUGGUGCAACUUUUAAAGAAUCUAUCUACAAAAGAUUUGAUUACUAUGUCAAUGUUAGUGAUAGGUUUAGAGAACUCAAAAGGUGGACUUAACUUUGGUUUUGUUCCUACUGUUGAGGAAGAUGGAGAUUGGGAACCAUUCCUUACAAAAUCUCCAUAUGAUCUGCUAAAACAAGGAGAAAUACAUAAAGUGCCCUAUAUGAUAGGUUACUGUGAUCGUGAAGGCUUACUAAUGAUGUAUUCAAUUCACAAAGCUACAUUUGAUACAUUAGUAAAAGAGAAAAACUUUUUGUCCCUAUUACCAUUUGAUAUAGACAAUUCACAAAAAACUGAAUUACAAACUAAAUUAAAAAAUAUUUAUCUAGAAGGUGUUAACAAAUACAAUGAAAGUGACUUCUAUGCAAUAGAUUUCUUUUCUGAUGUUGACUUCUGCGGUGGCAUAUUUGUAUCUGCAGCAUUAAUUUCAAAACAUGUUUCUCCGUUGUACUUUUAUGAGUUCUCAUAUGAUGGGAACUUGAAUUAUUUGAAGAAAAAGUUGAAUAUCAAUAGGAAAGGCGCCUGUCACGGCGAUGAGGGUGGUUAUUUAGUUAAAUCUGGUUUAUUACAAGGAGAUGUAACUGACACAGAUAGAUUAGUGAGAGAGAGAAUGUGUACAAUGUGGACUAAUUUCGCUAAAUUCGGAGAUCCAACACCUGAAAUCGAUGAAGUUAUAACAACAACUUGGGAACCAUUAGCAGAGAAUGGUUUCAACUGUUUAAUGAUUAAUGACAAAUUAACAAUGAAUGAGGACGCACGGACGGAAAGAACAAAACUAUUUGAUGAAUUAUUUAGUAAAUAUUCCGAACAUUAA